UGUCUCUUUUCUUUUCACUAUUUGUCGUUUCUUUUUCUUAAAGACAUGAUGAAACUAUUCAAGAAGAAAAAAUCAGAUAUGAAGUUACCAAUGAUGGUAAAUACCAACCAUUUAGUGGCAGAUCCUACGCCAAUCUAUAAGAAAACAACUCAUUUGACUGUGAUGGAUAAUGAACAGCCUACUAUCGUGAUGCCCAAACCAAGAAGAGCUAUUACGCCUACAAGGAAGAUUUUGACCAGAUUUGAUAAUGACAAGACACAAGUAGAAGAGCAGGAAUAUUUAGAUAGAUCAUUGUUGUCACUUCCUACACAUGAAGUAAAACACAUGACUUCUCAUGACCUUUCUCAAACAGUAACUGUUGCCAGUGAAGACGAUACAUCGAGCAGAGUCUAUGAAUCAGCCCUUGAAUCUUUAUCACCAGCGUAUUAUAAAACAAUGGCCUCAGGGGCAUCAGAGACAACCGAGGAACAACCUUCGACUGCUACUGCAACACCGCGUUAUAACAAAGAUAAUAAAAUGGAUGAGACACAGAUACUGCUACAGGAAUUGAAGAACAAGGUACUAUUGAUGGAACAACAACAGGCGAUUGAUAGAGCAGAAUGGCAGCGAAAGGAGAGAGAAUUACUAGAGAACAGAAAUAGAAUGAUGGAAAAGAUCAUCCAAUUGAAUUCAGUAUUGAAGCAGGAUGAACAACGAUUAUUGCAUCAAAGAUCAAAAUCUGAAGAACGUCUAUCGCGUCACAAUAGUAUUGCAUCGAAUCAUAGUCAAUCAACCACUCUUGUCUCAACAGCAGCUCCUCAUCAUUAUCAUCAAACGAAUAAUAGACAGAGAUCAAAAUCAAUUGAUAGUUCUUAUGCAAGAUUAAAGAAAUCCGCUUCUAGAGCAUCACUUUACUAUGAGCAACCAGAGAUUUAUGAUUAUGAAGAAGAAGAAGAUGAUGAAGAAUAUGAUAUCGAUGAUGACGAUGAUAAUUAUUGUUACUAUAGUACAUAUUAUUAUCACAAACCAUACCCAUACCUAUACCAACACAGCCAACGGUCGUAUUACCCUAUUGUAUAUUCCCUUUCAAGACAGAGACAUAACUAUUUGAAUUGACAUGAUUAGGUCCAGUUGUAGGAAUCAAGGCAAUGUCUUGUUUGCUAUCAGUAAAAAAAAUAAACUGCAGAUAAAGUAAAAU